UUAAAUUUAAAGGUGCCGCCGAUAGAAUCGCUACGUUUAAUAUCGUCAGACUGCGCAUGCAAACGUCAAUUUAAAAUUUGAAUCUUGCAGGUUAUGUCAACGGUUGGUUUUUGUAUUUAAGAAAAAAUAAACACUUCUUUUUAGAAUAAUGAACGACACAGUUGAACUCCUUAGUUCUAUGUCACCUAAAAUACGAAAUAAACUAAAACCAGGUGAAAAACAAUUCAGAAGAGUUCAUGGUGUUUCAAUUUUGGCUUUAAAGAAAAAUAUUCGACGAAGUUCUUUGUACGAAAAAUCAAAUCCUAUAAUGAGUAAUCAAAAUUUCUAUCUAGUAGAACGUAGAAGCAGUUCAGAAUCCUUUGAAGAAAUUGAAAAGACAACAUUUGAUGACACAGGUUCCAAACAGGAGGAACCAGUGAAAAAUCCCCCCAAAUCAUCCAGCACUGAUGACGACUCUAUUGUAGUAAUUUCUGACAGUGCUUCAGAAUCUGCAUCUGAUGAAGAAUUAAAAGAUGAUGUCAAAUGUUUGGAAUUGGGAGAUAUUAAGACUGAAGGUGCCUAUGAGCUCCCCCAAGAAAAAAUACAAGCCAUAUCAAACUGGCUUGAACAAGUAAAUAUAAGAAACGAUAAAAGUAGCUCUACUGUAUAUACUGAACUGUCAACUAUAAAUGGUAGUAACUCAAUUACAUCAUGUAUGAAUUUCAUAGCUAAAACAGAAUAUCAUGCAGUCAAUUCUACAUUUUCACACGGAUGUAAUAAAAAGUUUGAUGAGAUGUUUGCAAGGAAGGAUAAAGUAAAGGUUGACGAAACUGCAAGCAUUAUAUCAGAUGAUGUUGUGAACGAUUCUUUGAAGAAUGUAAUUAUAGAGGAUUCAUUUGAGAUAGUCAAUGUUAGUUUGAAAACUCGUUUAAAAACAGAAAAAGAGUGUGGAUUAGAGAAUGAAACAAAUAAUGAAGAAAAAGUGGAAAAUGAAUCUACUAAAAAGGAAAAUAAAGAAAUAUCAGACCAAGUGAUGGAAAAUGAUUUUGUAGUAAUAAAUAAUGAACAACACAAAGACAAUUCUGAUGAUUUAUCACAUAAAUCAGGUAGUCCGUUAAUGCAUGAAAAAAAUGCUGCAAAAAUACUGGACGAACUCUAUGGCACGUCGUGGAGGGUCAACAAAGAUUUGGUUUUAUCUAAAACAGAACCAAGAAAAAAAAUUAAGAAACCUAGUCUCAAAACUGCAGUUGUGGCUUCAGAGAGUAAACCUAAAACUUCACUUUUCUACAAAAACCCAUACUUGGAUUCGGAAAAAUCCAAGUCACAGAAACUUCUCAGCAAUCUAAAUCAAUCUAGGAUAAAAGAAACGGCAAAGUCGCCGUGGUUGAACCGGUUCAAGGUAUUGUGUGAUUCUGAUACAAAUUCAGAAAACUCCCCUGCUCCCCUCCGUCCAAUACAUCUCCAAUUUGACGACUCUAGCGAUGAAGAAACUUCAAAAUACUUCAAAAACAACACAAAAUCGAAAAAAAGCUUAUCGGAUAAAGAAAAUAAAGCUGGAGGAAACAAUAAGAAGAAAACCGAUAGUUCAAGCAAUUCCGACGAAAAUACGCGCACAAAUAAAGCAAAAGCUUUAAAAAAUAAUACGGAGAAAUCUCAAAGCAGUAGUGGGACCAGUUCUUUUGAAAACGUUCAAUUUGUGACUACGAGGAAACAUGUUAACAAUAGUACAAAUAAAGAAAUUAGAGGAGACAUCAAUUUUACAUCAAAUAUUCUAACUUCAGACGAAGAUUUGCCCGAAAACAUAAAACCAAAAGUAGGCGGUAAAGUGAAACCAGCAGUGAGGAAAAAACAACAAAUCAUUAGUAGCAGUAGUAGUACUAGUGACGACAGUGAUAUAAUAAAAACGAAGACUGACAAGAAGACUGGUAAAAAAGUAACACCAAAUAUAGAAGAAAGUAGUAGUAGUAUAUCCAGUGACAAAGAAUGGGAGCUGGAGGUUAGCAAAAUACAACGAAAAGUUAAGACAAAAGACGAACCUUAUAGUUUUUUGGCUUCGUUAUCAGCCAGUGUACCGAUCGCCAAAUGCGACAUGUCCGCUCGCUUGUUCAGAAAUAACUUCAAAGCCUACAAGGAACAACUAGUAAAAAAGCUAUUCCAGCUCUUCAACGAAAAGAUUUUUGACAACGUGCUACCUCAAGACAUGCAGAUAGAAUGGAACGACAGGAUGAGGAGCUCGGCGGGAUUUUGUUACUGCAAGAAAAUCACCAGGAGAACGGGGGCUAUCGAGAGGUCAGCCAGAAUAGCUUUGUCUACGAAAGUUUUGGAUACAGCGGAUAGAUUGAGAGAUACUUUGAUCCAUGAGAUGUGCCAUGCUGCCACGUGGAUUGUAAAUUGUGUUUCAGAUGGUCACGGAGAUUACUGGAAGUCUUGGGCUUUCAAAGCAAUGAAAACGUUUCCCGAAUUGCCGAAUAUCAAACGAUGCCACAAUUAUGUCAUAAAUACUAAAUAUACCUAUAGAUGUACAACAUGCGGUUACAGUAUUGGACGACACUCAAAAUCCUUGGACAUCGAGCGAAAGCGAUGCGGCUAUUGCUACGGAAAAUUCGAAAUCCUAAUCAACAAAACCAACAAGAAAGGUGAAACCAAAUCGGUAGCCGCUACCCCUAAGAAGGAAGCUACUGGAUUUGCAUUGUUCGUUAAAGAAAAUUAUGGAAUUUACAAAACUACCGAUAGAAAGCAUGGAGACGUAAUGAAGAUACUGGGCCAAAAGUUUCAAAUGAUGAAAGUCGAUAUCAAAUUAUAAGGCGAUUGGUUGUAUGGGUUACUUUUCAAAACUUGUUUUUGGAAACAGUUGUGACUUCCAACUAGUCAUAGUUUUCCUUGACUUUUGUCCCAAUUAGAAAAGUCUCAGAUUCUUUCUUAUUGAGUAGUCGUGAUGUUCGUGAACUGUCUUUUCGCUUUCCGAUAUCAAUUAACAAGUUAUGUUAUAGUAUCCAAGUUUUAACGUUAUCUUAUCGUACUAUUUAAUACUAAGUUAUAUCUUAAAUAUUGGUUAUUUGAGAAAGAUACAUCAAUAAAAUGAAGAGCGAAGUGUUUUCAUACUAUCGAAACUUGAGAUCCGAUUCGGUUAAUCCGAUUCAUUGAGUUUCUGAAUAUAAAGUUACAAUAGACAUCGUAGAGCACAUUGCGACUCUAUUGUAACGCAUGUAUCGUGAUUGUGGAGAAAUCAAUUCCAUAAGUUCCAUGAAAUUGGAUCAACAUAGGGAACCGUUUAUGUCAACUCUAACCUUUUUAUUUUGCCAAACCAUGUGACUUGGUGCUCAAGAGUUUUUU